AUGCUCACUGCUCAGGACUCUGAAACCGUGCAGCGGCACCCAGAGCCUGCAAUCCGACCUGCAGCAGAGGACGAGCACAACAUCAGCUCACCGAUACUACAAGCCAUCCUAAACCACAAAAACAUCCCAACCUCAGCUGCUCAGCCUUCUAUUACUUGUACGACCAUGCCGGGCGGCGACGGCUAUGUAACGAGUCCAACUGUUGUAGCGACGUCGGCGGAACUCCCUGCAAGAAGGAGUGGGAUUACCCCAGUGUCUCUCACCCAGACGUCAGACACAGGAAUGGCCCAAAAUGACGAACCCGGAGUUAAACCACAGUAUGUGCACCGUGCAAGUAGCUCUGAAGACCAAGAGAAUCUGAUCUCGGAAGACGAAGAAGAAGUCGAAUUCGUAUUAGAGGCAACUCCGGCUCCCUCAGACAAGGACGGAGCAACCAGUGAACGUCCCUCGCGUCCAGGCUCCGUGGCCGGGACACCAGGACGCAAUCGCAUCGUCGCUGGCCAGAGCCCCUCCCUUGUUGCCCGCUCAAACCUUGGCAUCUCCGAGGAGGGCGAACGUCCGUCCAAUGAACACUUUGGCAACGGCAUCACCUGCCGAUACUAUAAUAAGAGUCGGUGUGCAAAAGGCCACGAAUGUCCUUAUUCGCAUGCACCUGAUCUCUGCUCCCUACGCAGCCACCCAGAGGGGCGGAAUGUCUGUCUCUACUUCAUCCAUAACAACAAGUGCCGUUUUGCAGAACCUCAGUGCAACUAUUCUCAUAAAAAAGGGGAUCUACUACCGUGGGAUGAUGAAGAAAUUGAAAGACAGCUCGAAUUUAAGCUUGGCAUUCGCAAGGACGCGCUCCGUGCAGCCACCACCGCCAAGAAGACGAUGAAGCAGGACAAGUCGAGAGCCGCAAUGGCUUACGAGGAAAGGAAAAAGGCUCAGGAUCAGGCAAAGAUUCUCGCCAAGCCCGUCCAGCAGGCAGCCACCGUGCCUAUAAACAGCACAGACAAGCAAAGCAAACCUCGGAAUAGGUCGUCCUCUGGUGUUUCAUUGGGCAAGAAUUCGAAUACAUCGCAGGGUUCCAAGGCCAAAGAUUCCGCUCUGGCCAACCAAAGAGCUGAAAUCAAUCCAGUUGCUCCUACUAGGUUCGACGAAGGUAACACCGUCCCUAGCCAGGGAACGAGUGUACCUCUUAGUGGAGGCGUCUCGCUUGGCACCUCAUCCAAGACCAAGACCACCUACCCAGUGGCAGAGUUGCUGAAGAUAUCUGCCUCUUCUUCGCCCGACCUUGCCAAUCGAAUGCGAGCUGGUGCUACCAAGUCCAACUCUGAACCCUCCUCUGUAGGCCUUGGGGUCACGAGCACCUCUGGAUCGCAUGCAACGAGCAGCUCGGUCUCCGAAAGGACCUCUUCUCUUCUUGCAACGGAAAGUUCACAAUCUAUGAGCGAACAAAGCCCUCCGACGACGAAUUACAAGAGAAAACCCAACAAAAGGAAAUAUGCGCCUCCGUACACAAUUGGAGCGAAUAGUUAUCCUCGUUGGGAUCUCCCUCAAACUCUUGACAGGCUCCAACUCUUGCGCUUUGGUCAAUUGCGCUGGGAUUCGGGUGGAAACGGUUUGGGAGAUCAGAGCCUCGAAACCCUUCGCGCACUCGCCACUAUUCAAAUGGGCUUGAGAGCACCCCCUACAUCUCUGUCGCCCGCUCCACACUUUGAUGCACUCCGUUCCAUUGAUCCUGCCGUGAUGGGGUAUUACCCUGUCCCUUCUCUGAACUAUGGUAACGCGUUGGAUCAAGCAGCUCUUGAACAGCAACUCCAGCUCGAUUAUUUUGCUCGCUAUGGCCACGCUAGACUCGACUCUCGUACUCAAAUCAAGGAGCUUUUAUGGUUCAUUGUCGACGUUCAUGCCACUACACUAGAGUUUCGUUCAUCACCGUCAUCACCAGAAGACCUUGUAGGCGAAGCACUUGCACAAAUGAUUGACACAAAGACCAUUACACGAGAGGACAUCUUCCUCCAAACAAAGUUCACCCCUAUCGGAGGCCAGGACACUGCUCAGCCUCUUCCGUACAACCCAAAGGAUCCAGUGACUAAGCAAGACGAGGGAAAGGUCAAACACAUUGGGGUGAGCAAUACUUAUGAUGUUGGCACGUUGGAUGCGCUCGAGACGGUCGGUGGACGACGGGUUCAAGUUGUGCAGAAUCGAUGGUACAAAGGGAAUGGAUUCGACGCCGAAGUGGUUAAAUACUGCCUGGAGAAGGGCGUCCUCUACCAAACUCCAGAGUUAUUAAAUCACCCGACUGUGAAGGAGCUCGCAAAGCAGAAGAAUGCGACGCCUGCUCAGGUGGUGUAUAGGCUAGUGCAAAUCUGGGGCAUGGUACCGUUAGCGGGGAGUACAAACGAAGCAUAUAUGAAAGAUGGAGUGGAGACGGAAUUUAUACCACUUACCAAGGAGGAGAUUCCAGAUUCUAUUGAUCUCGCAAACCGAUGGAAGUAG